AGCGGCUGGAGGGUCGCAGCUGCAGCCGGACUGGGAGACGCCUGGAAGGCCUUGGACACAAAAAUCUUCCGGCCUGCCUCUCCCAUCAGGCUCUGCUGGGGCAGCUGUGUCCAUCUGAGAGCGCCAUGUUGAAGGGGCCACCCUUCAGGAAGAAGCCCAGUCUGGAAGACAACAGCAGCUUCUAGAUGUUUAAAUUUUGUAGCGCUAUUCCUGAGGAAUCUUUCUGAGGUGAAAAUGGAGAAAUAAGACUCCACAGGCCUGAAAUCGGAGGAGGUUCCAGAGGGGAGAGGAAAAUCCCUUCAUGUCCUUCAGGCUGGAAAUAUGAAGCAAUUCCUGAAAAGGAGACAGGGAGAUUUGAUGCAUCGGCACACAGGGAAGGGUUCCCUUUCCCUUGCUCAGUGGGAAGCGCAGUGGCAGGAGUUCCUUAGGACAGUGGAAAACCCUCAUUUUGGAUGGGGAAUCCCACACAUGCCAAAAAAGCAGUCCCCGUGGGAGGAUGCCAAGGCCUUUCUGGCCUCCUUUGAACAAGUGGCCGAAGCCUGUCAGUGGCCAAAGGAAGAGUGGGUGACGCAACUCCUGCCAGCCCUCAGUGGAGAGGCCGAAAAAGACUUUAAUAGUCUGGAUGUCCAAGACAGAGAGGAUUAUGGGAGGGUGAAGGCAGCCAUCUUGCGAGGAGAUGCCCUGAGUCGGGAAAAGCAUCGUGAAGAGUUCAGGCGUUUCUGCUACCAGGUGGCAGAGGGGCCAAGAGGAGCCUACAGCCGACUGCGGGAAAUGUGCCACGGGUGGCUGAGAGUUGAGAAUCACAGCAAGGAGCAGAUCCUGGAAAUCUUGAUCCUGGAGCAGCUUCUGAGUAUCCUGCCCAUGGAGAUCCAGAGCCAGGUGAGGGAGAGUGGCCCUGAAAAUUGCUCCCAGGCGGUGGCCCUGGCUGAAGAGAUCCUCUUGAAACAGGAGAAGCAGGCAUCCUUGGAGACUGGGGCCAGGAGUGUCUCUGAGGCAGGCCAGGUUCCCUCUGAGAACGACUGGAGGCAUCUCCCAAUGGAAAUCAAGGAAGAAGAGCAUGGAGAGGCUGGCCGACUGGCAGGAAGUGUAGGUGAGUUGGCCAGGGAAUUAGAGGGGUCACCACUGGUGAAACCCAAGGAGGAAGAGUAUGAAAGUAACUUCAGGGAUCCUAAUGGAAUUAAGAAGAAGGACGGAAAUGGCAGAUUUGAGAGGAGGGAUGAAUCCAUUCCUUUCCAAGGAGGAGGCUUCCAUGAAGUCCCAGUCCAAGAAGAAAAGUCAACCAAAAAGGGAAGGGACAAAGGCCUCCAUGAUAAUCAAAGAAUCCGCUACAGGGAAAAAGAAAAUGAAAGCAGGUCCUUUGGAAAUACCUUUGGUCAGAGCACAAAUAUGAUUUCCCUGAAACAAAUUCCCUCAGGAGAGAAACCAUAUAGUUUCCUGGAGUGUGGAAACAAUUUUGGCCACAGAACAGCCCUUACUCUGCAUCAAAGAAUUCAUUCAGGGGAUGAUCAGGAGGAUGACGAAGAUGAGCAACUGCACCAAUUAUCCCCAGAUAAAGCCAAGCCUGAAGGUUUGAAAAAAACCUUCAGGAAUCAAGAUGAACCAAAGAGGCAGAAAGAAAGCCACAUUGUCGAGAAGAGAGCUGAGCAAAGGAUUUCUGCGAAUGCUGGGGGUUGCAGUGAAAUAAUACAUAUAGUGGAGGAAACAUACAAAUGCUUGGAGUGCGGGAUGAACUUUUCAGAUCAAACCCAGUAUAAUAUUCAUUUACGAGUGCACAGUGGAAAGAAAAUCCAUAAAUGCUUGGAAUGUGGAAAAUGCUUUCUUUGCAGAGCAGAACUCCUUAGACAUAACCGAAUCCACACAGGAGAGAAGCCAUUUGGCUGCUCAGAAUGUGGCAAGAGUUUCUCACAGAGAACAAACCUUAUUCAGCAUCAAAGAAUUCAUUCGGGAGAGAAGCCAUACAAAUGCUCAGAGUGUGGAAAGAGGUUCAGUCGGUGUAGUGAUGUUCAGCGGCACCAAAGAGUCCAUACAGGGGAGAAACCUUUUCAGUGCUCAGAGUGUGGGAAAAGAUUCAUUCAGAAAUCCAGCCUUCAACAGCAUCAAAGAAUCCACAUGGAGAGAAGCAACAGUAGCUUCUUAACCUGUGACAAGAGUUGUACAUCUUAAAGAUAGCCAGAGAUUCCACAAAGGGUUGAAACCAUAUAAAAGAUUGGAAAGAGUUGCAUCUGCCCAGAAAACUUACUGUAACCACAGAAAGCAAAAUUAAUAAAUACAUUCAAGCUGAAGAGAAACGGUAUAAAAGCUUGGAUUAUGGAAAAAGCUUUAGUCAUGAAUGAGUCCUCAAAUAGAUCAAACAGGGAAGAGUGAAAAUAUGCUUUGAGGGUGGCUGAUUGUCCAGGCUCUUCUCUGAUUGUCCAGGCUCUUCUCUGAUUGUCCAGGUGUCAAGGGCUCAAACAGUAGUUAUAAAAAGAAGGGCCUUUGUCAUGGUUUUCCUUUUCAGUGACACUCACUGCUUAAGAACAUCUUCCAAGUUGAAGCAUGUUCCCUGUGAGGGAAGGCUGAGGAGUCUGGGACUUUUCAGUUUAGAACCCAGGUGACUAAGGUAGACAUGAUAAAGGUUUAUAAAAUUAUGCACAGGGUAGAAAGAGAGAAAAAUUUCUCUCUUUCCCAAUACUAGAAUGCAAGGUCAUCCAUUGAAGCGCAAGGGCAGAAGAUUCAGGCUGACGAAAGAAAAGAUUUCUUUUCACAGUGAGCAAUUAAAAUGUGGAGUUUGCGGCCAGAAGAUGUAGUGAUGGCCACAGGCAUGGACAGCUUCAAAAAAGGAUUAGAUAGCUUCAUAAAAAAUAGUUAUAUCAGUGGCCACUAGCCAGGGUGAUUAAGGGAAACCUCCACGUUCAGAGGCAUUCAGCCUCUGAAUCCCAGGGCCAGAAGGCAACACUGGGGAAGGCCUCAGCCUCUAUGGCCAAUUGUUGGAACUGAUUGGCUGCUGUGUGAGACAGGAUGCUGGACUAGAUGGACCAUUGGCCUGAACCAGCAGGGCUCUUCCAAGUCCUGUGCAGAAAUAAGCAAACUGAGGAUAAUGGACAGCUACAUCAUGUAUAUGACUGGUAUAAGGCAAUGUGAAUAGCUGAUUUUCCUAAUUUCCAAAUAGUUCUACACAGCAAGGAAGUCUGAGGGGCAUUCUCGCUGUCUGGACUGCUGUGAACUUCCCAGGGUCUCACCACUGGAUGUAAUUGAGACUGAAAUGAAAACUCAUUUAAUUCAAACAUGCCCCAAAGAACAUCCAGUAUUCUUGGAUGUGGUGGAUAUCUUUGGAUUUGGGAGGUGAAUGUUUUAAAAUGCGAAUUUUGCUUUGAGAAUUUAUUGUGAAUUUUAAAUUGUUAUUUACCCUCAUAAGGACUUUCAAAGCUUUGAAUUGAAGGAUUUUUUUUCUUUAUGAGUGAAAUUAACUUUGGUUUCUAUUUUUAUUUUUGCAUUUGGCUUGUAACAAUAAUAGCAGUAUAAUUGUGUCAUAGGAGAUCUUUAUUGUUGACACAGCUUUUGUUCAUUUGGUCACACCGGGUUUACUGUAUGCUUAAUCUUCAUUCUGUUCAGUUUUUGUGCUCCAGCAUAUGCAGGCAUAGAAAGAAAGACACCCUUUGCCCAAGAUCCUGCCUAACUACCAGAGGGAUCUCCAGGUAUCCUGCAUGCCAUGGCUGCCUCUGUUCCUGAUGCUAGAGGAGAAGGGUGCCCCUUCUACUGAACCCUGACAGGACAGCAGGACUGAAGCUUUGUUGAUGCAAAGAAAAACGGGGGGAGAGAAAUUUGACCCCAGAUAUAUCGACUUUACUGUAAGAGUUCAGCUAACUACAGUACAAAAUUCUUCUAGAAUUUUAAAAAGAGCUUUCUUUAGAGCAUACAACACACCAAUAAUAACACUGCUCACCCCAAUAACUACAGGUCAAAACAAGGACAAGGGUUAUAAUUAUUUUAACACAGUUGUACAUAUGAACUAGUACUGGUAUUUUAAAUAAACAUCGGCAUCUAAAAGAGCAAAAAAAAAAAUCCUCACGACUUAUAGUUAGAAACCAACUUCUGCAGCUGAAGGACAACAGCUGUGAAAGUGAUGGUGUUAAAAGCAUUUUUUUUUCUCACAUGGCCCCUGUAAAGUAUGUGUCCUGAGAGAAGGAAAACAUUUUAGAACACAAACAAUACCAGAACUUUUACUAUCAGUUCAUUUUGUAGUUGUAAUUCUGGGGGAGGGUGGGUUGAUUUGUGUUAUCCAAUACCCUUGUAAAUUAAUGUACAUGGGAAUCACCACUAGGUCCAUCAGGGUGAAAAUUUGUGAACACAUAAACUGCAAAAAAAUAAACAAUGCUCUUGUAAA